AUGUUUGCCCGUACUUUUUUUGCCGCCCUUGUGGCGCUAAUCGCUGUGCAAGUCAGUGCUGAAGAUGUUCCGUCGCUCAAUGCCGAUACGAUCGACGCCUUUGUGGCCAAGGAUGCCGCACUCAUAAAAUUUUUUGCACCUUGGUGUGGACACUGCAAGAACAUGGCGCCCGCUUACAUUGCCGCUAACGAAAAAUUGGCUGCCGCCGGCAUCGAGGGAUCAUUGGGAGAGGUUGAUUGUACCGUCAACUCGGCUGUAUGUUCGAAGUACGACGUAAAGGGCUACCCUACGCUUCUUUUCUUCUCGAAGGGUGAGAAUGUGGAGAAGUACUCCAAAGGACGUACAGAGGAUGCCAUCAUUGAGUUUAUUAAGUCUAAAUCAGGCGCUGCACCCGCUGAAGAAGAAAAGGCACCCGCUGCUGCCGCACCUGCCGAGGGUGUGCCUUCACUGACUGCUGACACCUUCGAUGCCUUUGUCGCCAAGGACGCUGCUCUGGUCAAAUUCUUUGCCCCCUGGUGUGGACACUGCAAGAACAUGGCACCUGCGUACAAAGCCGCCAACGAGAAGCUGAACGCCGCCGGCCACCAGAGCACUUUGGCUGAGGUCGAUUGCACCGUGCAGAAGGAUGUUUGCUCAAAGUACGAAGUCAAGGGUUACCCCACAUUGUUGUUCUUCUCUAAGGGUGAGAAUGUUGAGAAGUACUCGAAAGGACGCACUGAGGAUGCCUUCAUUGAGUUCAUCAAGUCCAAGUCUGGCGCACCCGCUGCUGAGGCGAAGGAGGCACCCGCCGCGGCGGCAACUGAUGGCGUACCUUCGCUGACUGCCGAUACCUUCGAAAGCUUUGUCGCCAAGGAUGCUGCUCUUGUUAAGUUCUUCGCCCCUUGGUGUGGACACUGCAAGAACAUGGCACCCGCGUACAAGGCCGCUAACGAGAAGCUCAACGCUGCUGGCCACAAGAGCACUUUGGCUGAGGUCGAUUGCACCGUGCAGAAGGAUGUUUGCUCAAAGUACGAAGUCAGGGGUUACCCCACACUGUUGUUUUUCUCUAAGGGUGAGAAUGUUGAGAAAUACUCCAAAGGUCGCACUGAGGAUGCCUUAAUUGAGUUCAUCAAGUCUAAGUCCGGCGCUCCCGCUGCUGAGGCGAAGGAGGCCGCCGAGGGUGUACCAUCAUUAUCGUCAGCCACUUUUGAUAGCUUUGUCGCUAAGGAUGCUGCCCUUGUUAAAUUCUUCGCCCCCUGGUGUGGACACUGCAAAAAUAUGGCGCCUGCGUAUAAGGCCGCUGAUGCGAAAUUGGCCGCCGCUGGACUAAAGAACACAUUGGCUGAGGUUGACUGCACUGUUGAGAAGGAACUAUGCACAAAACACGGAGUGAAGGGAUACCCCACACUUCUAUUCUUCAGCAAGGGCGAGAAUGUUGAGAAGUACUCGAAAGGACGCACUGAGGAUGCCUUCAUUGAGUUCAUCAAGUCCAAGUCUGGCGCACCUGCUGCUGAGGCGAAGGAGGCACCCGCCGCGGCGGCUACUGAUGGCGUACCUUCGCUGACUGCCGAUACCUUCGAUAGCUUUGUCGCCAAGGAUGCUGCUCUCGUCAAGUUUUUCGCGCCUUGGUGCGGACACUGCAAGAACAUGGCACCUGCGUACAAGGCCGCCAAUGAAAAAUUGGAAGCUGCUGGAAUUAAGGGCUCUUUGGCUGAAGUCGACUGCACUGUGCAAAAAGAUCUAUGCACAAAGCACGGAGUCAAGGGUUAUCCCACGCUUCUGUUCUUUUCUAACGGUGAGAAUGUGGAGAAAUAUUCCAAGGGACGUACCGAAGAUGUAUUCAUUGAGUUUAUCAAAUCUAAGUCUGCUGCGGCCACCGAUGGUUUGCCGUCUUUGACUGCCGAUACUUUUGAUGCUUUCGUCGCUAAGGAUGCCGCUUUGGUCAAGUUUUUCGCACCUUGGUGCGGACACUGCAAGAAAAUGGCGCCUGCGUAUAAGGCUGCCAACGAGAAGUUGGUAGCUGCGGGAAUCAAAGGUUCUCUUGGUGAAGUGGAUUGCACCAAGCAAUCGGAUGUCUGCUCAGCACAUGGAGUCAAGGGCUACCCCACACUACUGUUCUUCUCCAAGGGUGAGAAUGUUGAAAAGUACUCUAUUGCACGUACAGAGGAUGCCCUCAUUGAGUUCAUCAAGUCUAAGACCGGUGCAUCCGCUGAGGAGGAGAAGGCCGCUCCGGCCGCUGAGGAGCUCACGGCCAAUGGCAAUGUUGUGGUACUUACAGAAUCCAACUUCGACGCUCAGAUCAAGAGUGCCGAAGUUGCCCUCGUCAAGUUCUUUGCGCCGUGGUGUGGACACUGCAAGUCUCUCGCACCCCACUACAAAGAGGCAGCUACUAAGUUGAAGACUGCUGGUUCUAAGGCUUUGAUCGCUGAGGUCGAUUGCACAGUUGAAAAUAGUCUUUCGAAAUACGCACCCGACGGCUACCCGACCGUUUUGCUAUUCAAGAACGGCGAAGAGAUUGAGGAAUGGAUGGGAUCAGACCGCACAGCCGAUGGAAUCGUCUCGUAUGUCAAUAAGGCCGCUGGUGUUAUUAAUGUAGAGGAGAACAACGCCGAGGCUGUCAAGGCGGACGAGGCCGUCGAGGCCGCAUCAGGCGAACUUACUUACGAUGACGAUGUCAUGAUCCUUACCGAGGGCAACUUCGAGAAGCAGAUCAAAGCCAACCCUCUCAUGCUCAUCAAGGUAUACGCACCAUGGUGUGGGCAUUGUAAGGCACUCGCUCCAUUCUACAAGGAGGCUGCGGCGCAGUUGAAGGCGGCGAGUUCCACGGCAGUACUAGCCGAGGUAGAUGCCACCGUUCAGGAGAGCUUGAAGAAGCUGGCGCCUGAGGGUUACCCCACCGUGUUGCUGUACAAGGAUGGCAAGGAAGUUGAAGAGUGGAUGGGACAACGCUCGACUGAGGAUAUUGUCAAUUACAUGAACAAGCACGCGGGUGCAGCUGACGCGGCCACUGACGAUGCCACUGCCGAUGACACGCACGACGAGCUUUAAAGAUACUGACCAAUCAGUCAAACCGUCAAGGAGUGGCGCACUGGUUUAGCAGGUUUUGUCGGGACGCGGACAUGUGAGUUCUUGUAAAUAUCUGACAAUUUCAUUCGCGUGAUGCACAACACUUCUACUUCUGCGCACGCCCGAUGUUCUAUGAAUUUCAAACUUCAACUAUCGGUAGCUGAACAGCACCGUCUGAGGGCUACAAUUGGACUAGCUCUCAUGCCGGCUGUUACGAUUUGUAAUUAUAAUAUUUGAUUAGUAAAAUGCCAUGAUUAAUAUUAAAGAGUGAUUUUGAACUUGUUUGAACCAAAGUUCUCUUAAAUUCGAUCAUCAAAUCUC